AUGAGUUAGUCGAGAAUUGGAGUAAAUCAAAGUGAAAACAGUGAUUAUGCUUAACAGUUCACUAAAAAAGAGAAAAAAGAAGCAAAAGAAAAGAGCAGUGUGCAAUGCUUGGUUUAAAAAGGUAUGACCAAAAAUAAGAGUUUAUAAGAGGACUCGCUAACGAUAAAUAGCAUAGAAUAAUUUGAAAAUUAUAAAAAGAUGGUAAAGCUAGAAUAAAAGAGAGAAUCGGCUAUUGCAAUUUCAAGAAUACUAUUUAAAGGACCUUUGAGAUAAAGAUUUGAGAGACUUGAUAGUAUUAAAUCCAUUUAAUAAUUGCUGACCAUUUCCAAAUACCAAUUAUUAUGCAAGAUGUUCCUGAAUUUAAAUAAAAUAUUAAUCAAUUAAACUUUAGCCUUUUAAGAAAUAGUUAUUUAAUUUAAAUAGGAUUAUCAAAUAGAAUUUAAAGUCCAAUUUUUACAGCAACUUUUAACAAUUUGGAACGAUGCUUUUUUUUUAUCUUGGAAACAUAGCAAGAAUGAUAAAGUUAGUUUAGAAGUGGGAAUUAAUGAUUAGUAAUUUGAUUAAAAUGAAGACAAGAAUAUCACAUUUCAACAGAAAUUGCUGAAUUAUAUAUAAAAAAAAGGAGAGUGUAUUGAGUUAUUUCCUCUGCCCAAUAUUUAGAAUAUCUAGUAAAGUACAAAACUCUAAGGAUAGGAUCAGUAGGAAUGCUAAAAAAGCAAUAGUUUAAGAUAGAUUGCUAAAUAAUUAUAGCAAUAUUUUCAACUUAGAGAUGUAUCAAAUAUGUAUUUGAUGAAUGUGGAAAAGUACUUGAUCAAACAAAAAUUUGAUUUGAAUUCCAAUAAUGGAAUUUUGAGUAUCGUAAAUGAGUUAAUGUUCAUAUAUCCUGAGUGGAUCAACCUAAUUCAAGGAGAAAAAGAGCAAAUUGUUAGAAUCAAUCGAUCCAUUGAUAUUCAAUAGUUAAUGCAGGAAUAGGAAUGCUUAGAUUGCAAUUGAAAAUUAUAUCAAAAUAGAAAAACACCCAUAAAUUUAUUAUAAUAU